AUGACCUCGGAGGUAAAGACGGAGGUAAACGGAGACGGCGCCAAGGCGAGGGAGGCGGCCGCGCCAGCUGGCGCGCCAGCAGCUGCGCCGGAGGGCGCUCCAGCGGGUACUCCGGCGAGCGCUCCGGCGGGCGGGUCAUCGGACGCUGCGCCAGGCGCUCCCGCGGACACGCCGGCAGGCGCUCCAGCAGAUGCUUCGACUAAGACCCCGGCGGGCGACGGAUCGCCGGUGCUGACGCCGGCGCCAGCGCCGCCGCCAGAGCCGGACAUGAACAACCUUCCCGCGGACCCCAUGCCCAAGCACCAGCACAAGCAUGCGACCACGGCGAUCAAGGCCGUGAAGCGGCUCAAGGACGCGCGGCCGUUCCUGCAGCCCGUGGACCCCGUCGCGCUGAACGUGCCACUGUACUACAACUACAUCAAGCGGCCCAUGGACCUGAGUACCAUCGAGCGCAAACUCACGGCCAACGCAUACGCGCAGCCUGAAGAGGUGUCUGCGGACUUCAAGCUGAUGGUCGAGAACUGCGCGCGGUUCAACGGCGAAAGCUCGGCCAUUGCGCAGAUGGGCCGCAACAUCGAGGCCAGCUUCGAAAAACACAUGCUGGGCAUGCCCACACGUGAUGCGCCUCCAAGACCACGCGCCAAACGGCGCAGGUCCGAGCUCGAGACCCCGGUGGUGAUCCGCCGCGCCGAGUCCCACAACGGCAGACCCAAGCGCGAGAUCCACCCACCGCGCUCCAAGGACAUCUAUCCCUACGAGACCGCGAAGCCGCGCUCGAAGAAGCACCAAGGCGAGCUCAAGUUCGCCCAGCAGGUUGUCAAGGAGCUGAUGUCUAAAAAGUACAGCUCAUUCAACUACCCCUUCCUGGAGCCUGUUGACCCCGUCGCGCUCAACUGCCCCACCUACUUUGACUAUGUAAAAGAGCCAAUGGACCUGGGCACCGUGAGCCGCAAGCUGAAUAACUGGGAGUACGAAAACGCGGACCAAGUUGAAGUCGACAUCCGGUUGGUCUUCAAAAACUGCUACGCGUUCAACCCAGACGGCACUAUUGUCAACAUGAUGGGGCAUCGUUUGGAAGACGUCUUCAACACCAGAUGGGUCGACAGACCAGUCGUCCCAGACGAGGAAUCCGACGAAGAGGAAGAGGACGCGGAGUCCGACUACUCUAGCGACGAAAACCUCCGUGCGGGCGCCGACGAUGACAUUGACGAGAGCUCUAUCACCAACCCAGCUAUACAGUAUCUUGAGCAACAGCUGGAGCGCAUGAAAGUCGAACUGCAACAGCUCAAGACGCAAGAACUGGAACGCAUUCGGAAGGAGAGAAGAUUGGCACGUGGCAGUCGCAAGAGGCGCACGGGUCGCAAGAAAUCGAGAUCCACAGAUGCCGCUGCCAGCGGCAAACGCAAAAAGAGCAAGCUGAAGGCGGUUGUAACAUACGACAUGAAAAAGAUCAUCUCUGAAAGGAUCAACGACCUGCCGCCUUCGAAAUUAGAAAAAGCUGUUGAUCUGAUUAGGAAAUCGAUGCCGGACAUUGGUAAAGACGAUGAGGUCGAGCUGGAUAUUGACAUGUUGGACAACACUACUAUCCUGACGCUAUUCAAUACAUUUUUCCGCGAGUACGCAACCAGCAAUGGCAACGGUUCUGUCGCAGAUGAGAGCCUCAGGAGAAGCUCCAUGUCCCCGGGUUCGGCAUCGAAUGCCAAGAAAACAGGCAGGAGGAGGAGCAAGGCCCUAAGUGAGCAGGAGCAAAACAAGCAAAUUGAGAAGAUUAAAAGCAAACUUGCUAUUUUGGAUGGCGCCUCGCCUACCAACUCCAAUGCUUUCAACGCUCUUCUUGCGGGCGAUGACUCCUCUGAUGACGGUGAUGAUGAUGAUGACUUAAGCAGCGAAAGCGAGGAAGAGUGA